GAGGCGUGGAAGGCUCAGUGUGUCAGUAAGGCACUCAGCUGGCCGGCACUGUAGAGAGAACGUGUGCGGAGCCUUCCUCAGUGCCUCUCCAACUGCCUCUUCCCGCGUGGACUAGUGAAGGUGUCUGCGGUGAACGAACACACACACACGAAGACCAGCAAGCACACACACACACAUCACCUCCGGAUCCUCAGUCAUUCCCUCUCUCUCGUCCACGUGCUUGGAGAAUCACAGGCUCCCGGCGUCCACCGCAGCCCGUGACUGAGAUGGAGGCAGCGUGGAGGCGGCUGGCGGCGACGGCCCUGCUGCUGGCUGGGUUGUUGUGCUGCCCUGGGAUGGUCAAGACUGACGACUCGCUUUACUCCGACGAAUUGCCGUUCGCCCUCUACCUGCUUCCGCCGCCAGCCCGCCACCACGAGGCCCUCACCAAGCGGCAGGCGGUGUACGAAGCCACCGUGGAUGACCAGCUUCGCCCCCAACUUGAGCUCUCGAUCCCUGCCCGGCAAGCUGAGGUGAGGAAGACGCAGCCGCAGGGGAGCAGCACACCCAUCCUCCUGCGGCCCAUCGUGGUUGCUAAGUUCUACCCUGAGUAUCAGCCUGGGUAUGGCCACGACGACGCGCUGGGGGCACUGGACUCCUACGCCUCUGUGCCUCACUCAGACGGCGUGGCGGACUCACCCACUACUUUCCCUGGGAAGCCCCUCGACUACUCCCACCAGCAGUUGAUUCACCCACACCCACACCUAAAAAAAUCCUCCAGCAGCCUCAAGAAACUCCUGAACAAACCCAAGAAGAUGAUGAAGGUGAUGACCGCCACGGAUGAGGGCCAGCUGGUCCCAAAGGCCGUGCCCGGAGUGAUGUUGCCCAUGGAUGACGGCCAGCAGGAGGCCUUCGUGCCUGCCGACUUGCUGGAGUACGCCGACACCUUACUGACCUCCGGGUCCAGCCUUAACCCCACCGUGGUCCUGCCUACCACGGGGGAAGCGCCGAUGAAAGGAAUGCCCUUCAACUUCGCCUAUAUUGUGGAUGACGAGGCCACGGAGAACUUCCAGACGCGACAGGAGGAAGGAGACAAACAGGGCGUCGUUACCGGCUGCUUCCAGGUUCUGGAUCCCAACGGGCUGGUAAGGACCACCACGUACCGCGCAGACGACACCGGCUUCCACAUCAUCUCCCUCACCCGCAGCCCUGACAAGACGCCUUGCCCUGGUAUUGAUGACGCCACUCGCUCCCCCGCCUCCCUCCCUGCCCCCACCGCCAGGCCCGUCCCGGCUUCCUACGGCCAGAAUAACAAUGGCGCCUACGCUGAUAACCUAAACUCUCUUGGUAGAUUCAGCUCCUCUUCCUCUUCCUCUUCUUCUUCCUCUUCUUCCCAGGAAAGCAGCUCGAGUAGCUCCAGCCAGUACAGCAGCAGCAACAACUUUAAUGCCAAGAACGGCCUUGCACAGCAGGCAGCCGUGGCCAGGACGGCGGCGAGUGAAACGUUGUCCAAGGACGAGUGGAUGGCCCAGUAUCUCCAGGAGGUCACCAAGAACCUCUACAACUCCUUCACCAACUCCUCCACCACCACUGAGAACCACAGCCUCUCCAACAACGCGGCCUACAACACCAACGAGAACUUCAUCAACUUUCCUUUUGUGCUCAUCCCCAUCAAGACUUUCUUGGACCUGCAGAAGACCGGAGCCAUCUCUGAUGAUGUUCAGAGCUAUGGUGCCUUCGUGCAGCCGCAGCCUUACCAGGUUAAUGGUUAUGGGCAGCAACAGCGGCAACAACAACAGCAACAGAGACAACAACAAAAACAGUACACCGUGAGCAAAGCAACAAAGCAGACAUCCAGCAAUUCCUACAACGCAGAGCAGAGCAGCAGCCAGCAAGGUUCGUAUCGCAGCCAGGCUGCUAACAGCGGCGUCCAGCAGGGCUAUGGCCAGCAAGGAGGCGGUUCGUUUGGCCAGCAACGUCAACAAUAUCAGAAUCAUCAAGCCUCUCAAUCUUCCUCCAAAAAGGCCAGCAGCAGCAGCAGCAGCAGCAGCAGCAGCCAGCAAGUAGGCUAUCAGGGAGUAAAUUCCGGUUAUGGGCCGACUGCUGGCCAGGGAAAUCAGGCGUUUGGUCAGCACCAGUACCAAAGGCAGCAAUCCUCUAAGAGCUCUGAAGAAAGCAGCAGCAGUAGCAGUAGCAGCCAACAGGCAGCAUACCUUAGCCGAGGAGUAAACGGUGGGUAUCAGCAGGCGGGUCGUGGGCAGCAGGGGAACCAAGCACUGGGUCACCAACAGCAGUACAGAAGUCAGCAGUCCUCCCAGUCUUCAAAGAAGAGCAGCAGCAGCAGCAGCAAAAGCAGUAGCAGCAGUAGUAGUUUCUCAGGAAGCCUCCAAGGCUACGGGGGGCAGUCUUCACAGGGAUCUGGAGCAAGGGCCUACGGCACGCCCACUCUCCCUGGCUACGUACCCCCCAGGACCCCCACAACCUACCAGCCACCAACCCAACCCACCAGCCCCCCCUCAACUUACCGCCCACGACCAACCCCCACUAUCCCUCCCUCAACCUACCAACCACGACCACAACCCACCCUCCCUCCCUCAACCUACCAGCCACGACCACAACCCACCCUCCCCCCUUCAACUUACCAGCCACGACCACAACCCACCCUCCCCCCUUCAACCUACCAGCCACGACCCCAGCCCACCAUCCCUACGGCUCCUGCACGCCAGCCAGCCUUCAGUUAUAAUAAUGGUGGGGUAAGUGGGGCCAGAUUCUUCUCGCAGAACUCUCAGUCGUCAGAGGAGGCGUCCCAGUCGUCCCAGCAGCAGCAGCAGCAGCAGCAGCAAGCAUACAGCGGCGUUAACUUCAACAACGGCGUGGCUGCACAGAGAUUCCAUUCCGCAUCUUCGUCGAAAAGUGCUUCUGAAAACAAGAGCUCCAAGUCGUCGUCUUCGUCUUCUCAGUUUGUAGGUAACAGUGGUCACCUGGGUGGGGGCGGCCGUCAUGUCUCUGCUAACUACAAGUCCGAUUCCUCCUCAUCCUCCUCUUCUUCAUUAUCAUCCUCCGAAAUGUCUUCGAGUAGUUUCGUCGGCGGCUUCGGCAUUGGGGUGGGUGGUCAGGCCCAUAACUUCCCUCAGCUGGCGGCGUACGAGCCCCAGCCUGCCCCGUCCACUCUCUCCUCCAACGUUGUGCCGUCGCCACCUUCGCCAGCCCCACGCACAUAUAAUGCCAUCGCCAAGCCAAACAUCAAAGUUCCAGCCUCCAGUGGCCCUCAGCACGCCCUCCCUCAGCCCAAUCUGAUAAGCUCCGCAGCACCUUACCAUGCAGAGGCAGAAUCUCAUGUCCCCGACUACUCGCUCUUCUCCCCACCAGCGGCUGAACCCACCUCUGGCAUGGAGGGCUGGACUCCCAUCGCUACUGACUACAUCCCUCCACAGGAACCUACAACACAGUAUCAGACGUUGCCGCCACAGCUUCCCCAGGGGUAUGGCGCCGCCACCGGCCAGGACAACAACCAAAACAACAACUUUGCAAGCUUUUCGUACUCCUCAGACCAAAGUUCCUCCAAACAAAGCAGCUCCUCGCAGCAGAGUCACCAGCAGAGCAGCGUCGUGUGGGCUGGGCCGUAGAUCAAGUCCCGCACCAGGAAUUCGGCUACCACAAACAACGUCACCUCAAAUGAAAAGUAUCAAAAAUUUAUUGUUAGCCUGGAAGCAGCAUGCCCUUUGUAAGCCUGAAAGUCUGCCUGCGAGGAAGCACAAUAGCAAUGAAUAAACACCGCUCUGCCUCCCUAUGUAUGUAUGCCGGUCGGCAGGCUGUGGUGUAUGUUUCUGCACCAUGAUUUGUUAUGUGUCGCUUACUGCCUGUUACGUGUUAAGGAUAAACAAGAUGGUGGUCCUCGCCGCCUCCUUCGUUACCAGCACCCCAAAUUAGUAGUAGUCUUAGUAAUAAUAAUUACCACACCACCACUUUUUUCAUGCUUGUAUAUACCCCUCACUCACAAUAAUUAGCCCUGUUGUAGAUCUCCCUGCGACGCCGUCUGCUCGCAUCCUAGUCAUCUACUCCUUCCUAAAGAAAAAUAAAGCCUUCACAGGAUGAUAAGAUUUGAAACAUUGCGUCAUCUGUACAGUCUGAUAAUUUUCUUCACGCGAGCGCUUCCACGAAACUUGCUCCGUGGUGAAACUUCGUCCCCCGCAAAUUUGUAUGCUUAUAUAUAAGAUUAUUUUUAUAUAUAAAUGAUUAUAAAUCAA